AUGGCAGACUGCUUUUUGGUGAUGCCAACCCAUACAAAGGACAGGACUGUCACUGGGAAAAACUCCCAGAGGCCAGCCGCAGAAGUCCAGGAAGUGGUGUACAGAGCAUCAGAAACCCACCCAGACACUGCAAAAGUUCAGUGCACAUUCAUUGAAGUGGAACAGGUAAAGAAGACGUUUGCAGUCAUUCUCAGUAAGCCGGCUUGGAUGUGGGGGGCAGAGAUGGGAUCCAAUGACCAAGGAGUAUCUGUUGCCAUGGCACCUAUUUGGACAAAAUUGAAUGGCCCUAGUGACCUAGAAGAGAAGCUACUGGGUCAGGACCUGACAAGGCUUGCCUUAGAAAGAGCUGAAUCAGCAAAAGAAGCAGUGGUGGUGAUCACGGGUCUCUUGGCUCAGUAUGGUCAGGGAGGACCGGCAUGUGAGGAGACAGGCUCGCAGAAGUGGGCACAUCAUAACAGCUUUCUGAUCGCAGACAAAACAGAGGGGUGGAUCUUAGAAACAGCAGGCAAAUACUGGGCUGCCAAAGUCAUCAAAGAUGGAUUUUACAACAUCUCCACGGGACUGACCAUUGGUUGUGACUUUGAUAUGAGUUCUGAGGGUCUGUCAGAGAAGGCUGCAGAGGAGGGCUGGUAUAAAGCUGACAAUGGCGCUUUGAACUUUGCUUCUGUGUUCUCGGAGUCACAGAAGGAUACAGGGAGCACUGCUGAUCGCCGUGACAAAGGGAGACUACUGCUGGAAAAACUCACUGCUUCAAAAGAGUUCGGGGUUGAGAAGAUGAUGGAGGUUUUGAGAGACGAAGACAGCAACAUCUGUAUGUCAGGGCCAUUUAUGACCACAGGAAGUAUGAUAUCAGUGAUCUCCCUUGACGUCCCAGCUUGUCAUUGGUUAACAGCUACUCCCAAUCCAGCGGCUAGCUUCUUCAAACCCUUCAUCUUCUGUCCCAACAACCAGGCUGGAGCUUUAACAACAUCCCCCGACUUUGGAGAAAGUGACCCAGCUCGAGUGACACCUAGGUUCCAGGACCAAGUGGACCGAAACCAUCCACUGAUCAAAGGUCACAAAAAGUUCCUGAAUCUACUGGAGCGCGACAAACUACAAGGUCACAUGAUUAAGGAAAAUCUCAGAGAGCUAGAACAGAAUUGUCUGGAGGAUAUCAAGGAAGUUCUGUCACAGUUCAAUGAGCAGAGCUACGUAAAAGUAGCGUCUAUUUUUAGUCACAUGUGUGAUAUAGAGAUGAACUUUUACAAAAUUUGAUUCUAUUUAUUGGAGAUAAAUAGGACAUGGAAAACUUUGCUGAGAGCUUUCAGUAGUCGGUGUUGUGUUACAUAUUGUACAUGUAUUUAAAUACAGUCGGUGAAGUGAGAAUUCAUCAGGCUUGCACCACACUUAAUUCAGAAGACUAAAUUCACAUGCAAGGUGUCUUUUGAGACUCCAAGCUAUGAUCACAUUCCAUAGUUCUCAUCCUCUAUAAAUCUUAGAGUAGAUAAUUUGUUUGCAAAAUUAUGGGGGAUAAUGAAUUAUAUAUAGAAACUUUAAAUGGGGCUGGGGGCUGUGGAGCCGAUUGUGCGAAAUUAGAAUUUAACAAAAUUUGAGGGGUGCCACUUUCCAGAUUAAGUUGAAGUGUCGACUUUGUUAAGAUGUGAAAAACGGACUCAGUACUCCAAUUCAUUGAUUUAUAAAGCUAAAUUAUUAGACCACUGUACUUUGUUUACUUCUAAAGGGAAUGGAAAAACAGUGCUUAAGAUUGGAUGUAACUUCAGGACUUAGAGCUCUGAUUUAACAUCUAGCUUUCAAGAAAAUAUAUAAAAUUCAACAAAAUCUUACAAGUCUUUAAAACCCCCCAGAUUAUAUUAAUAUAUUGUUUUUAUAUCAGAGUCCAACAUGUCCAAGGUGGGAUGUUUUCCGUAAAGAGAAGAGAAAUACUGUAUAGGGGGUUUUUUCCGCGGGGUUAUAAUUUUGGCUUUAUUUAGCUGUUAGAUAGCUUUCCGCCAAAAUUUCAAUUGCUGAAUAUGCACUCAAUUGUGGCUUCAGUAUUUGAAAGAUAGAAAACUUCCCUGUCCGCCAAAAUUUAUUCCGCUAUAAUUAUUAGCACACCUUUCAGCCAGCAAAUCGCCAAAUUUUAGAACCGCGGAAUAAGCCCGCUAUACGGUAGCUCCUAAACUACUUUCCCUUUGUCAUUAUAUUAAGUCGGAACUACUUGUCUGUGAUAGUUCCUCCAUUGAGAUAAUAUUCAGCCAGCAUACUCAUUAGAACGACUAGAUCACUGCAGUCACUACAGGGUGUAUAUACAUGUGAAGUAUUCCUUUAGUGAUAAGUGCAUACACUAUAAUUGUCAGACACAUUCCAAGAGAUACUUACAAUGUACAUGUAAUGAAACAGUAUUUCAUAUUUUGUCCAGAAAUAAAUUCUUGUUGCAUGUAUAUAUUUUAGAAACAAGAUGAAUACCAUAAAAUCUCAUGGACCAUUGAAUAUUAGAUAUACAUGACUAUACAAAAAUAAGAUUCUGUGCCUAAAAAUGUUAGGUCAUUCAUUAACCUCCCCUACUCCUUGCAAUAUUAGAGUAACAAGGAUUCAUACAGGUGCAAAACAAUUCAACAUUAAGGUGAAGCAACAGAGCAUAGCAGGUACUAGAGCAUCUAUUUGCAUUUUAUUUCAAUGAGUUUACCAAGAAGUGCAUAAACAUGAAGAAAUAUGGAACACUUUUCUAUUCAUUUCUGUCACUGACAUAUGAAUGUAAACAGGAUUAGGUAUUUCAUUUUAAGUGGAACUAACACAAGUUAAACUGACAGGAAAAUGCCAAAUGAAUCCGCCUGCAGGCCCUGCUGAGUAGGCAGCACGAUGUGAAUUCAGUGAUGUUAUUUUGUAGAAAUUAAUUUUUACAGUACAUGUUCACACGUAUAUCUGUAGAAGAAAUUCAUGUAUGUCUCCUGAAAGAUCAGGAUAAAUGUAAGAGGCCUGAGAAUAGACUUAAGUCAAAAUUUUGAUUACUUAUAUCUUGAGAUUUAUUCAGCAAAGAUGUUUUAAAAACUGCUGGUUUAUAACAACAACAAAAUUAAAUGCCAAAAUAUACUGAAAAUUUUAUUUGUUUAUGAGAACUAUUUCAAAAAUUAUUUGAAUUCGAAAUGUAGACUUGACUUUAUUCUCAAGUUUAUGGUCUGGAGGCCUGGUGAAGGUUGACCUAUUGACCUAUCUUUAAAAUCAUGAUUAAUUAAAUUCAGUUGCCUUACACACACAUAGCUAAAAAUAGAGCCGGACUGGUCAGAAAUGGUCAACCUGUUUUUCGACAUACCCUCUGCCAUCUGACUUUGUUUUUAAGAUUGUUUUUUUUUUUUUAUGAAACUUCUGUAUAAAUGUUUGGGUUUUUUAAAUUUUGUUUUUGUUUAUCUUGCAUAUAUAAACUGUCCAUGGUAGAAUACUGAAGAAAAACAACAAUUGCUCAUACUGUGCUAGUCUUGAAGAGGAUACUAAAAAAAUCAGUCAUUCGUAAACAAAGUGUGUGAUUAGACUAAGUAAUAAUUGAUAUUCUAACUUCAUAUUAGAGUUGGCAAAGCUGUUACAGGCAAUAAAAACAAUAUUUAGAAAGAAAUGCUUGUUGCUGAACUUUUCAUGUUGAGUAUAGUAUACCAAUUUUUCAUAGAUAUUAUUAUCUGUAUAGAAAAUCAUUCUUAUAAAGUCCACACACACACAAAUCAUGAUAUUAGAUUUUAUUAUCAGAGAAUAACAACAUAAGGUUCAUACCCGCAAUCAAGUGCUUUUUUUGUUACUGAGCUGCAAUAUAUUUUUAGUAUUAUUUGUUUUAGUGCAAUAUUUUAUUGUGUUCAGUUUUCUUUCUUUUUUUAAUAUACAUGAUUAUCUAUGACAUUUCUAUUUGAUUUUACAUUUAAUUUCAUGUUCAGUGCUGUGAUACAUGUAUUUUAAGAUAUUUUGUAGUUCAAUAGUUGAGUUAAUUAUUUUGAGAUUGUGAUUGAUUUAUUGCCAUUUUAUGUUUAUCUACAAUACAUAUAUACAUGAA